AAUUUUGACAAUCGCAGUGGUGGCUCACUUGACUUCAAUUUUGCGAGUGGAGACUGGCUUGACCGUAGUAAUAACUGGAAAGAAUAAGCUGAGACGCAGCCGAUUGAAAUAACAAUAAACCGUAACAUUUAACCGCAAACGCAAAGCAUUCAAUUAUACUUUUUGGAAUAUUCUCAUGACGACUCGAUGUUCGUAUGGACAUGAAAUUUGUCUGAAAGGUGUUGCCGUACAAUUUUUGUUGGAACGCUGCAACUGUACUCUGUACGCUAAACUACAACACGGAUUUAUUUGUGGAAAAAAAUCACAAGAAGACGAACCAAAAUUUUCUUCUAGAGUUUUAUCACUUUAGCCUCGACGCAGGACGACCAUGGUUUCUUGAUUGAACUGGAACAUCAUUAUUUCAAGUGUCUAGGCCUAGCUUAGCUGAUUUAGCCCUGCUUGCUAGCCGCUUCGUCGCGAAGCAGAGAUCAAGUGUGAACGGAAACUGUGGUCGUUUUAUUGAAAAAUGCGCCCAGGAAGAACAGCAGAGAACGAGGAGAAACUUUGUGGGGCAAAAGAGGAAAGCGAUGCUGUUUUCAAGAAGUCUCGAUUUGCCUCACGCAGAGCAGACAUCAUCGAAGAUGCUUGUCCUGAGCAGCUGGAUGCGCAGACCUCUGAUACUAAAGAAGAAGAGGAGGAAAAAGAGGUAUCUCACAUGAAAGAGGAAGAAGAGCAGCGUGCCCCUUACAUUAAGAAAGAGGAGGAGCUAGAGCACCCUUGCACGAAAGUGGAUGUAGAUGAGCCUCCCGACGUCAAAGAAGAGGAGGAGGAGAAGGAGAAGGGGAUCUGCAAGCUGCCAUCGACUGGUGUCCAUCUAAAGAGUAUGAAUGAGGCGGACACAGGGGCGGAGCCUCCAAGCAGCAGCUCAUGUCAAUACAUGACUAUACAAGGUAUUGGAAUCCACUGUGGACAACCAAAAGCAGAUGGCCUCUUGGCUCCACUCUCAGAUAGAGACAACACAUCGUCAACUGCUGAUGAUAAUGGUGAGAAACCGUUCACCUGUUCCGACUGUGGCUGGAAAUUCUCUCGGAAGGGAGACUUAAAAAAGCACGUAAGAACCCACACUGGUGAAAAACCUUUUUCGUGCUCAGUUUGUGGCCAAAGAUUCUCUCGUAAGGGAAACUUAAAAAUACACACAAGAAUCCACACUGGCGAGAAACCUUUUUCGUGCUCAGUUUGUGGCCAAAGAUUCUCUCAAAGGGGAACCUUAAAAUUACACACAAGAACCCACACUGGCGAAAAACCUUUUGCUUGUUUAGAUUGUGGCCAAAGAUUCUCUCGUAAGGGAAACCUACAAAUGCACAUAAGAACCCACACUGGCGAGAAACCUUUUUCGUGCUCAGUUUGUGGCCAAAGAUUUUCUCAUCAGGGAAACUUACAAAUGCACGGAAGAAUCCACACUGGUGAGAAACCUUUUUUGUGCUCAGUUUGUGGCCAAAGAUUCUCUCAGAAGGGAAACUUACAAGCGCACAAAAUAACCCACACUGGUGAGCAACCUUUUGUUAGGUUGAUUGUUUUUAGUUAUCUUACAUUUGCAUAGUAUUAAUGAUAAAUUGAUUAUGCUUGCAAUGAAGAACGCUUAUGUCUGCAAUGAUAAAUUGAUGAUGCCUGCAAUAAAGAACGCUUCUGCUUUUAAUAAAGACAUAAUGUUUUUAAUUCAUAUAUACUGUAGUCACAUUGCUUAGUGCUUAGUGCACUGUGUGGCAGUUGAGGGACACAUGAUAAGUACUGUAUUAAGACUAAAACAGGAGCAAGGUUGGACAGUGGAUGGAGCCUUCAACACCACCUGCUAGUUUAUGUUUUUGUAACAAUUGCACACAUGUAUGUAAUUUACACUCACAUACACACACAUAGUCAAACAAAUUCAGUCUGUCUUCAACUGCCCCCACCCUUUAGGUUGGGCACACCUAUGUAGUAGAUUCCCAAUAAAUGAGGGAGUGAGGGCGGAGAUCUUUGGGUGACGUGCAGAGAACUGAAACCUAACGCUUCUCCUCGUUCCCCCCGGUACCAGAA